AUGGAUAGUUUUCAGGAGAUAAUCUUCAACCAGGACCCCACAAUAGAACUGAAGCAUUUGGCAUGGCUGUUGGAGCCACCAACAGGAGUAAUGUUAGGAAUGACAGCGGAGGAGCUUUUAGCCCCCAGUAAACGAAAUAAAUCGAAACCGACACCUCCCCGUCCGCAGCAGUCAUAUAUUUUGUUCAGAAAAAAUUUUAAAGCGCUACAUCCUCCGAUGAAGUUUGAAGACGUGAGCAAACGCUCCAUGAAUGAGUGGAGGAACGCUUCUCCCGUAGUUAAGGAAUAUUUCGAAAUGUUGUCCAGCGAAGCGAAAAAGCGACAUGCCUUAAAUCCACAGAUACUCCAUAUUGACCCUAUGACCACCGCCGGAAUCGACUUUUACUCAGACUUUACCAUCACCGACCAAUUCAUUCAUCUUAGCGAUAUCUAUUGUUGCACAUCCACGUUCCCUACAACUGGUCAAGCCUUUGAAAGUUCGCCGGUGAGUGCCACGACUUCGGAAGAACUCGUGACUCAGGAUGACGAUGGGUUUUUCUCAUAUUUCAAUUUCGAAUCUUAUAACGAUGACGGCACAGCAAAUUAA